CUCUUAUCAUUAACUAGUUGGCGAUAUAAACAGUAUAACCUCCGGUAUAUUCUGAAAAUGAUCCGUAAAAGUCAGUAGCAUGUCAACACGGCAGCGACGGUUGACCGCGACUUUUCGUUCUGCGAUGUGAAUCCUUCCAGCUUGUGUCUGGUAUCUGGCAUCGGCGAUUAAUUCUCGAGUAACCAUGGAACUUGUACGGAAUCUCAUUGCCUGCAACUUGAAACGAUCGCUUCUAAAGGCUCCCGCAACACGCCUGCAACACGUGCGGAAUAUCAGAUUAGCAGAAGUUGGCAAACUGGAAAGACCAAAGUUACAAGGAAAAUACGAAACAGGUCAAUUGAUUUUGCACAGAGUCUUUGGUUAUCGAGGUGUGAUUCUAUUCCCUUGGCUAGCAAGAGUGUAUGACAGAGAUAUAUCUAAUAAGAAGGAUGAAAAGGAUAAUAACAAUUUUAACAACGUUGACGAGAAAGAAGAAACACAUACAUUCUAUCAAGUUUUGAUUGAUCAACGUGAUUGUCCUUACAUUCGUGCUCAAACAGAAGCGGUUACUUUUCUGGGCAAUCAUGAGAGCAGUCGCAGCUUAUAUGCUAUUCCAGGAUUAGAUUAUGUCGCUCACGAGGAUGUAUUGCCGUAUACUACAAAUGAGAAAGCAGCAUUGCAACACGAAUUGUUCGAUAAAUUUCUGACUUAUCAUCCAGGUAAAGAACCAUGCUUUGUGGCGCAAGAAACUCUCCGAACAUGGCAGAAGAAGAAUCAUCCUUGGCUUGAAUUGUCGGAUGUACAUAGAGAAACGACCGAGAACAUUCGCAUUACUGUUAUACCGUUCUAUAUGGGUUGUAGAGAAAGCCAGACCACGUCUGUCUAUUGGUGGCGUUAUUGUGUCCGAUUAGAAAACUUAGGUGAAUUGAGUGUGCAAUUGCGCGAAAGACAAUGGAGAAUAUUCAGCUUGUCAGGUACAUUGGAAACUGUUAGAGGGAGAGGCGUAGUGGGCCAGGAACCUGUCUUAUCGAAAGCUUUACCCGCUUUUCAAUAUAGUAGUCACGUAAGCUUGCAAACUCCUAGUGGUCAUAUGUGGGGAACGUUCAGGAUGGAAAGGGAAGAUGGAUAUGCUUUCGAUUGCAGAAUACCACCGUUUUCUUUAGAUUCGAAAGCAGAAUAUCCAUCGACACCCAAUGUAGAAAUCUGAGUUUGCAAAGAUCGGAGUGAUAAUUUUAAGUGCUGCUUAGUUAGUUAAAUAUGUAACAAUUAUUGAUAAUAUAGUUUCAAGUACAAUUGAUUAAGCGUGAAAUUUUGUGAUAACUUUUGAGAAAACUAAUUUCCCAGAUAGUUUCAACAAAAUUGUAAUGUACAUAUUUUCUCCUAAAAAUCUAUUAUAAUCUUUUAUGCAAAGAAGC